AAAAACAUAUAAAAAUGGCCUUUAAUACUCUGGCCAGAAUAAGUCUCCGAAAUGAACGCUUUGGUAACCAUACUUCUCUCGCUGGCCAUUGGUCCUCUUUUGGUUUAUUCCAAACUUGAGGGCGAAUGGAAAUUCUGCGCAGAACUGGAAGAUGUGACCGAAGAAAUGUUGAAUAAUGAUUCCGACGAGUCAAUCAAGUGCUUUUAUCUGUGCUAUUUCGAACAGACUGAUGUGAUUAAAAAUGGAAAGAUCAUCCAACCAGAUUCUUCCAAUAAAAAACGAUCACAUAGUGUCCGGAAAAUAGCCGGCUCUCAAAGAACAAGGAAGUGCCUUGAUCUCAAGGAUGACAACGAAUGUGAACUCGCUUAUAAGUUGUUCAAGUGCCUAAAACGGAACAUUACCGAUGGUCAAGUUGAGAAUUUUCUACGCAAUAAAUAAGUCAACAGCAGCUAUGUUAGUUUGGCUAUCAUAUACAAAAUAAAUGCAAAUAAUGUUUAAAAACUCUGA